GAUGCUGGUCAAUAAAAUCACCCCCUCCGGAGUUUCGUCAUGGAAAAGUCGGAGCAUUGGAAAGAGUAGCUCUAACAAGAGAGGCCAUAUUUCUCGGUCACCAAGCAGCAUCAGAAAAACGAGGAAGGGGUUACCAGCCUCUCAGAACUAUGACUCCAUUUCCUGCGAGGAGCGGCUGGACGGAGCGUUCUGGCUCUGAGCUUCCCAGAGGACCUGCCGUCCUCAGCGCCACGCACAGCCUUAAAUGGCAAGGCAGGACGCCAGUGCCAUCCAUUCCAGCACCAUCUCGAGGUGUGUCUUUGCUGAGAGAAACUAACGAGGACUUCUUAAUCACACGGUUAAUAUGGAAAAUUGAAGAUCUACACAUACCUACUGGAUCAAGUGUACCAAAGAAAACUUUCUCAGCCAGGAGUUCCAUUGUCCAUUUGGCCCAAGAGCCAACCAUCUGCUGCGACCCGCCGGAAUCAGCCAGAGUGCUGAGACAUCAUCAUAGCAACCAGUUAAGGAUGCUGACCCACAGAUGGAAGAGGCUUGGACUGCAAUAUCCUGCUAGUACAAAUAGAGAUGACCACACAUUUGAACGCAGUCAAGAGAAAAGCCAGGAUGAAGUUAAGACUGACUGUCCACUGAGAAUCACUGCCAUACAGACUAGCCACACUGAAGCUCUGAGAGCCAGAAAACAAAGAAAUGAGGAAAGAAUGAAAGGCUCACUCUACUCAAGUUCAGACGUUUCUAAUGUUGGAAUUCCAGAGGUGAAAGUUUGUGACAUGGACUCACAAAGUAAAACAGCAGUGUCAUUAGAGUUCAACUCUGAUGACAGUGAUAUUUCAGAUCAGGAGAAAGAAAAUGUUCGAGUUUCAAAGUGGGAUGCACCUGUGGAGCUAGACCUGAGGCCUGAGCCAUUUGACAAGGAUCUGGAUCUUCCUUGUUCCACAGAGAUGGAAGUACAAGUUUACGCAGAGGUUCUUCCUGCUCCUCUAAAAGAUUUGGAUUUUACUCAGGGUCUUUCCUCCACAGAAUACUCUGAGGAUCUGCAAAGUCCGUUUACAAGUGACCCUUGCCUUGCUCCUAUGGUGGCCCGUCUGUUGGAGCUACAAAGGCUUCAGGCUGCCACUGUUCAGAAAGAGCGAGCGAAACCUGUGCGAUCCCGUCCAACUACUGCUAGUAUUCCAACACGAAACGCCUCUCGUUUGAGAAAUGGUGAUCCUACAGGAUCCAAGUUAGGGAUUUCAGGGGAUACAGAGUGCAAUUCUGUUACAUGCAGCUUUACCAAACUUGUGCUCUGUCCCAACUCUUUAUGCAGAGGCAGGCAUCAUACUUGCCCCUUGACAAAAUCAGGACAAGGAAGCAGAAGCUUGGGCCUACAGCAAACCUUACCUAAGCGUCCACAAACUAUGUCUGGCAAAUUUAACAGGACUGAAAGUGUAGUUCCAUCUAUUAGCAUUUCCCCAAAGCCCACAACUUCAAAUAGGAUCAAGACACUCAGAGCAACCACAAAAAGCACAAAGUCACUGAGAGCAGAUUCACCUCCAACUUCUGCCAAAACGACAGUGACUGUGCUUAACAGAAAAGCUUGAUGUUAAUAAAGCUUCUUCAGUGUGUUUGCCAUUUAGUAAUUGUAAUUGCUAAGUUGUUGUAAUUAUAAUUGUAAUUAUAUCUCUGUUAAGAUGUGUUCAUUCCUCUAGCUAACAGUAGUACAAAAUACAACUCAGAGCACGGGGAAGUUUUUUUCCCUUUACUAUUUAUUUAAGUUACACAUUUGCAAAUUAAAACAGAAUUAAGUAUGUGAAGGAGUAUGACUGAACAAGCAGUUUUUGAACACUUCACUGAAAAUGUACCAGUGUCAUUCUAUGUGGUUGACUGAAACAAGGACAAAAACUUAGUUUGGGUAUAAAAAAAAAAAAAAAAAAAAAAAA